AACAAAGAAGAAUGCUCACUAAAAAUAAUUGGCAACAUUGCAGGCAUCACCUCAAGAGAGUGGUUAGCUAGUUAGUUGUCCCGCGUGUUUUAUUUUAUUCAUUUCACACAGCGACAAAAAUGCCAACGCUGUCACUGUGUUCAGCAUACAACUGCAAAAACCGCAGUCCCAAAGCUGGUGUAGGAUUUUUUAGGUAAGUUUUACCGUCUACCUCGAGAGCCACGUUUGAUGCCUGGCUAACACAAUUAUUACGGUAGCUAGCUAGCUUAAACAAACGCAUGCUAAAGUUCUAGCCAGCUAGCUAGUGAAACAGAAAGCUCCGAUUCAAACUAACCGCAGUAACUUGUUUUUCCUUUCGGAUAUUCGAAGUUAACUCGUCAAUAGAUCUCCGACGGAAGGUCCUAGGAUGAAUAGUGAUAUAUCUAGUAUCAGAUGACGGUAGAGAGUAAUUGUUUUUAUUUUUUAUGAUUUAUUUAUUGCAACAAUAAUAACAAUAUUACACAUCAAUACAUGGACAUUCCUGUGAAUACAAGGCAAUGAGACAUUAACUGACAUUCAGGGACAUGACUUCUAAUAAUUUUUCAACCUUUUUAAGUUUCACAAGUUUGAGGGAUUUAUAACAUUGUAACAGUUAAAUGAAAAAAACUACAAAAUAAGGAAUUUUCCCACCCCAUUAGCUUCCUCUCCUCACCAUAUUUGGUAGUGAGUGGAAACGCCAACGGAUGUUUCACAUUUAUACAUUCUGUGAAAUAUCUGGCUCCUUGAUCUGUGGUAGAACUCUACCCAUAACAGUGACGAAAAGGAGGCAAUAUGCCGUUUUCUGGUGCUCAGGUGGUCUAGGGACCGUCGUAAAAGUGCAAUAACGGUGAUUGCACAUAAGCAAAAACAUUUUCUUUCAUUCCCAUCCAGGAGGGUUAGCCCUAUAUGAAGAUUACACAAACUGCAUAGGGCCUCCAGUCGCAGAAUGGCCCAACAUUUACGUCUAACUACUAUGCUAUAUUUGACCAAUUUACAAUAAUUGUCCUCUGUAGCUCAAUUGGUAGAGCAUGGUGCUUGUAAUGCCAGGCUAGUGGGUUCGAUCCCCGGGACCACCCAUACGUAAAAAUGUAUGCACACAUGACUAUAAGUCGGUUUGGAUAAAAGCGUCUGCUAAAUGGCUUAUUAUUAUGCUAAAUGGAAAUGUAAAACCACAUGUGAAGUCACUGACCCCCCCCUCAUCCAUACUACAUUCAAUAGAAUUCCAGUUUACCACUUCUCAGAUUUUAUAGGCAUAUUUCUUGUGAUAGGUCUAAGUUUCAAUACCUUCCUAUCCAUCUGACCUCCCUCAUCUAUAAUAGGCUACACCACUUACAAUUGACAUUUUUUAUUUUACAUGAAUAGUUAUUGUGAUGGAUCUAAUUUUCAAUAGCUCACUGUCCCUAUGGGCUACAGAUCUACAGACAAUUGCGGUGGGUUCAUUGACCUCUCUUAUCGAAGGUACACCUUUAAUUUUUUUCAAAAUAACUCACCUUUUGAUUUUCUAUAAAUACACUGUACUCUAUACUGAGCCUUUCUAUUAAAUUAUUUCUGAAAUUGGAAAACACAUUGGGAGGGAUCUUAGACCUUUUAGCGCAUAUGGAGAGUGAGCUAUUGAAAGUUAUACCUAUCACAGGAAAAAUUCAUAUAAAAAUUGGCAAAUCUAAUGGCUGUACUAUGUGUAACCGUGUGAAAUGGCUAGCUAAACUCGGCAAAAAAAGAAACGUCCUCUCACUGUCAACUGCGAUUAUUUUCAGCAAACUUAACAUGUGUAAAUAUUUGUAUGAACAUAACAAGAUUCAACAACUGAGACAUAAACUGAACAAGUUCCACAGACAUGUGACUAACAGAAAUGGAAUAAUGUGUCCCUGAACAAAGGGUGUGUCAAAAUCAAAAGUAACAGUCAGUAUCUGGUGUGGCCACCAGCUGCAUUAAGUACUGCAGUGCAUCUCCUCCUCAUGGACUGCACCAGAUUUGCCAGUUCUUGCUGUGAGAUGUUACCCCACUCUUCCACCAAGUUCCCGGACAUUUUUGGGGGGAAUGGCCCUAGCCCUCACCCUCCGAUCCAACAGGUCCCAGACGUGCUCAAUGGGAUUGAGAUCUGGGCUCUUCGCUGGCCAUGGCAGAACACUGAUAUUCCUGUCUUGCAGGAAAUCACGCACAGAACAAGCAGUAUGGCUGGUGGCAUUGUCAUGCUGGAGGGUCAUGUCAGGAUGAGCCUGCAGAAAGGGUACCACAUGAGGGAGGAGGAUGUCUUCCCUGUAACGCACAGUGUUGAGAUUGCCUGCAAUGACAACAAGCUCAGUCCGAUGAUGCUGUGACACACCGGCCCAUACCAUGACGGACCCUCCACCUCCAAAUCAAUCCCGCUCCAGAGUACAGGCCUCGGUGUAACGCUCAUUCCUUUGACGGUAAACGCGAAUCCGACCAUCACCCCUGGUGAGACAAAACCUCGAACUCGUCAGUAAAGAGCACUUUUUGCCAGUCCUGUCUGGUCCAGCGACGGUGGGUUUGUGCCCAUAGGCGACGUUGUUGCCGGUGAUGUCUGGUGAGGACCUGCCUUACAACAGGCCUACAAGCCCUCAGUCCAGCCUCUCUCAGCCUAUUGCGGACAGUCUGAGCACUGAUGGAGGGAUUGUGCGUUCCUGGUGUAACUCGGGCAGUUGUUGUUGCCAUCCUGUACCUGUCCCGCAGGUGUGAUAUUCGGAUGUACCGAUCCUGUGCAGGUGUUGUUACACGUGGUCUGCCACUGCGAGGACGAUCAGCGGUCCGUCCUGUCUCCCUGUAGCGCUGUCUUAAACCCUUUACAAUGAAGAUCUGUGAAGUAAUUUGGAAUUUCACUAAUUAUCGUUGAAAGACAGGGUCCUGAAAAAGGGACAUUACUUUUUUUUGCUGAGUUUAGUUAGUGGUGCGAGCUAGUAGCGUUUUAGUUAUUUCCCUUGCUCUGCAAGAGCUGCAGCUUUUGUGAAGCAAUCGGUAACGAUGCUUUGUGGGUGACUGUUGUCAAUGUGUUCGGAGGGUCCCUGGUUCGAGGCAAGGAGAGGGAUGGAAGCAAGACUGUUACAUAUUGACAAGGGAGGUCAAAGACCUAAACCCAAGUGGUUUUAGAUGUAUGUAAUUUGGACUGGAAGCUAUUGAAAAUUAGAUCUGUAUGUGAAUUAAUAACCACAGUUGUAAUAGGAUAAAUAUUUGUAGUAAAACAAAGGGGAGGAAUAAAAAAUAAAAAUAUGUACCUUUUUUAUAAGACCCACCACACUUGUCCGUAUAUCUAUACUCAUAUGGACAGUGAGCUAUUGAAAAUUAAACCUAUCACAGGAAAUAUUCAUGUGAAAUGGAAAAUUGCCUUUCUAAUGGGUGUACUAUGGAGGAGGGAGAUCAGUGACCUAUCAUUGAGUGGUUUUAGACAUAUAUGUCAUGUGGACUAGAAAAUCAAAGGGGAGGAGUUUUGAAAAAGUAAUUUGGUUUAAUAGAGGUCAGGAACACGCCACACUUGUCUGUAGAUCUCUAGCACGUGGAUUGGAAGCCAUUAAAGAUUAUAAUUAUUUAUAAUCAGAACUUUAAAAUUCUAAUCGGAGUGUCAUGGAAUAGGGUAAUUUUAGCUCUCUAGGUCAUGCAAGUAGGCCUUGGGUGCCUGAUCGGUGUCAGACUUUUGCCCCAGCCCCAGCUAACACCCAAAAGUCCAAUAAUCAACAAUUCAUGAUCUUCAUGAUGUAAUUGUUGUGAGAAAAAACAGUUGGUUUAAGAUCUCUAGAUCAUUUAAUUGAGACAUAGUUUUCCUGUUAACACCAGGUUUGGCUGAUUGCACUUUUAAGACAGUCCUUUAGCCACGAGUGCAUAAUAUUCUCCAAUUGAAACCAACUUAAAGUCACUUUUUGAAAACGGAAUGGAGAAAGAAAGGCUGUACCUUUCUCUCUCUCUCGUCAUCUGAUUCUAAAUAUAUCACCCUAAUCAUCAUAGGACCUUCCAUGGAAGAGGUAUUGACGAGCAAACUCCGAAUAUCAAACCAAUAUCCAAACAGAUUUCUUUUUUUUACUGUGGUUAUAUAAUGUAUUGAGCUGUUGUAGACUUUCGACCUGUGUGUGGCGGUAACAAGUGAUUUACAUUGGAGAUGCUUUUUUUGGUUGCUUGUACAUUUUUAUUUAGACAUUUUUUGGAAGUACAUACCGGCCGUAACGGGAUUAAAUUACGAUAGUUGCUCAGUGAAACUCUAUAUUUGGUGAUCAACUAAUGUAUUUUGUCAUUAUACAGCUUGUAGAGUUUGAAUCUGAGCUUUCUGGGGGUUAGAGGGGUCUGGUUCAGCUAACUAGUACAAAUGGUGUGCAGGAGAACCUAGCUAGCUGACAUCAGCUAGCUUGAUAAUUGUAAAAAAAACAAUCUAUGCGCUGUGGCGAUGCUGUUCUCUUAGAAAUCUAAGUUACAUAACCAUUAAUGGAUUUACUCUUCAUUUGAUAGCUGUUUUUGUGAUGCCAAUUUGAUGAUGUAUGAAUGUUUUGGUAACAGAUUCCCCAAAAAUGAUCCUGAAAGACGCAAACAAUGGAUUAUUAAUAUGAAGUGUAAAGGGUGGAAUCCGCAACAAAACCACCGUGUGUGCUCCGUUCACUUUGAAGACAAGUACAUUUGCGGGAGGGACAUACGUCGACGCCUCACGCCAGACGCAAUCCCGACUAUAUUCGACUUCCCCAAAAACUUUCAAAAGAAGGUACGACGCAACCUAGCUGAGAAACGCUCAACUCCGUUCUCUUAUUUGGGGAUGGGCAACUCCAGUCCUCAGGGGCCUGAUGGGUGUCACACUUUUGCCCCAGGUAACACACCUGAGUCCAAUAAUCAACUAAUCAUGAUCUUCAGUUUAGAACGUAAUUAGUUGAAUCAGCUGUGUUUUCUAGGGAUGGGGGAAAAAGUGACACCACUCCGGCCCCGAGGACUGGAGUUACCCAUUCCUAUCUUAUAUCAAGGCGGAGUUGAGUUUUGAUAGCUGGCCGCGCGAUUUGCUAGCAACAACGUUGAGUCACCAUCAGUCGAUUAAUUCUGAACCUUACCUGUACCUAUGUUUUCCCUGUACAACUGUGGUCCUUCCGCGGGGUGCUGAAAUUCAUACUUUUAAUAAAAACUUUUAUUGAAUACAACCACCGACUUUCCUAAUUUGUGUUGCUCAACUCGGCCUUGAUGUACUACGCAAACUGAGAUUCAAUUGGCACAUGCUCAUUUGCGCUGAGUUGAGCAAAACUAUUGCUUUGCCAGAUAUACAGGGAUUAUUUACUGGGCUUUUGCUCCAAGUAGACAUUUUCUCAAAUUUUCACCAUAUUGAUCUUUGCAGAGUAUUACCUGGGCUGUCAAAGAUGUUGCCCCGAAGGUAAGUUGUUUACUCACUAGAAUAACCAAUAGCUUAUGCUACAUGCCAAUAGCUUAUGCUAAGAAUUUGAUAAACGGUGCACUUUAUUUUCAGGUGGCAUGUGAGAACAUGGAGUUCCAACUUCCACCCCUCAAGCACAUAAUAGAGGUAAUGAAGGAUGUAUAAACAUUCAGUCUCUAAUACAGGGCUAGGAAUAGAGCCUCCAACAAGUUGAUCGUUGAUUCAUUGGCCUGUCUUUUUCUAAUUUGAUUGUGACAGUCAACCUCUGGAUCUAAAACCAAGAACGGUCUGAGGAACAUCAUCUUUAUAAGUGUCAUUAAAACAGUACUAUACAUUGUCUCCCAUUCUUACCCAGAUCACAGAGGCAUGGGAGUGGCUGGUUAUAGACAUUAGAGGGCCGCUGCCCUUGACAUUGAACGGACACCAGUACGUUCUGACCUUGACAGACUUCUACUCCAAAUGGGUGGAGGCCUUCCCUCUGAGAGGUUGUAGCUCUACUGAGGUGGCACAGCAUGUAGCUGAAGUCAUCUCUCACUUUGGUUUCCCUUUUGGAAUCCUUGUUCGACUGAAGAAGAACUUUACCAGUAAGGUGAGAGGCUAAAUAUAUUUUGUGUCACAUCAUACUUGUGUUACACAUACACUGUAUAUACAUUAAGUAUGUGGACACCCCUUCAAAUUAGUGUAUUCGGCAAUUUCAGCCACACCCGUUGCUGACGGGUGCAUAAAAUCGAGCACACAGCCAUGGCCUUACUAAAGAGCUCAGUGAUCUAGGUUUGGCAGAUGCCAGGAGAACGCUACCUGCCCCAAUGCAUAGUGGCGACUGUAAAGUUUGGUGGAGGAGGAAUAUUGGUCUGGGGUUGUUUUUUCAUGGUUCGGGCUAGGCACCUUAGUUCCAGUGAAGGGAAAUCUUAACACUACAGCAUACAAUUACAUUCUAGACAAUUCUGUGCUUCCAACUUUGUGGCAACAGUUUGGGGAGGCCCUUUCCUGUUUCAGCAUGACAAUGCCCCCAUGCACAAAGCGAGGUCCUUACAGAAAUGGUUGUUCAGAUCGGUGUGGAAGAACUUGACUGGCCUGCACAGAGCCCUGACCUCAACCCCAUCGAACACCUUUGGAACACAGACUGCGAGCCAGGCCUAAUCGCCCAACAUCAGUGCCCGACCUCACUAAUGUUCUUAUGGCUGAAUGGAAGCAAGUCCCUGCAGCAAUGUUCCAACAUCUAGUGCAAAGCCUUCCCAGAAGAUUGGAGGCUGUUAUAGCAGCAAAGGGGGGAACAACUCCAUAUUAAUGCCCAUGAUUUUGGAAUUACAUGUUCGACUAGCAGGUGUCCACAUACUUUUGGUCAUGUAGUUUACCUUGCUACAACCUUGAUGUUGGUUCAUAUAUGCAGUAGCGGUCACUAGGUCAGGAGUGGUUCAUUAGACAAUCAUGAGCUGUUUACAUUUAUUCAUGUUUCAGAUCAACGUUUCCUUGAACAGUCAUCUGAAGCUGAGGGGGUUCUCUCUCUUAUACCGCCAUCGGCAAGUUGGAUCAUUGGAUCUGGCCACACAGACCCUGAUCAGCAGGUUUGUGUUUUAGACACAUUCCUUUCUGUGGUGUUUAAUUUCAUACUCAACUUUGACCAUGGUGGCCUUCACCCCAACAGCAUGGUGUCUGAUCUUGUGAAUGACCAUCCAUACAACUGGGAUGUCUGCCUCCCUGCAAAGGUGUUCAGCCUGUGUUUCAAGGAGCAUCCCAAGACCAAGCAGAGGCCUUUCUCUCUGCUGUGCUGCAAAGGACCACAGCCGGUCACCACCCCCAGGGAUCUGUCUGUAAGUUUACACUCUGUGGUUAUAGCUAAUAAAUGUAAGCUCUUAUCAUAAUGGAUUGCAUUUCAAUUGAAUGGGUGUGUUUCUGCCUGUCCUCCUAUAUUUCCUACAGUUCAGUCCUGCAGAGCUCAGAGAGAGUUCCUUUGCAAUCCAGUCAAAUCAAGAGGGUGGGCAUGACACUGAUAUGCAAGGUGAGUGAAAUCCCUGUACAAUAGCAGGGAUGUUUCUGCCAUUGUAAUCCUUGGGCGGGUCGCUUAUGUGUUUUUUCAGGUCGCGUAAGUCCAAACAGUAAAAACAUUUUUUUAUAUAUAAAUAUAAAUACAUUUUUGUAAUGGAAAAACGCUUUCGGUAUAAACUUAAACGACUAAAACCAGAUAUAAAGUAUCUAGAAAAGAUAAUGGACCUAUAUAUAUUUUUUAAACAUAAUAUUUGAGAACUAACAAUCACCUAAAUAAAAAGUAGACGGGGAGAAUUGAAAAUUCCAAAAACAAUGAAUUUGGCAGUAUAGAUUUUAUUAUGUUUGAGCAAAAGAACACUGCAUUAGCCAUGGCUAAAUUCAUAGGAUUGAGGGAAAUGAGCUUUAAAACGGCAACAUUUUCUUUCAGCUGCAUGGCAAACUGUUUAGAAUUGCAGUAAGUUAGUUUUACAACUGCAAAAAUGUCUCUCAGCUCCAUGGAGAAAUUUGUAGAAUUUCAGGAAAUUGGUUUAAAUGCAAAAAUGCAUCUACACUUCCAAAAUGUGUCACGCCCACCACCUAAGCCCCUUUUGAUCCAGAAAAAACCCUGCUAUAAGAUAUAUCACACACUGCAUUGAUGGUUGAGGGGCCAAGUUCUUGCUUCAGCAGAAGAGGUAGAAUGGUAUGGUUCCCAGCCAAGGUUGAGUUUGUGCCAUUCACAGCUAUCCCUUCAGUUCGCUAGCUACAGUUUUACCUCUUCAGACUUCCCGAAAGAAGUUUGAAAAUAACUUGGUCUCAACAUAUCUAUUGAGUCAAGUGAAUACUUAGUGUAUUACAUAGCGUGUUAACUGUCCUACAUUUUAUUGUAAUUGCCUUUUAUGUUAUGUUAUUGACAUUAUAGUUGUUGGUCAUAUUGUGUUUAUGUGCAUCUGUUAUUACAGACAUGGUUGGCAUUGAAUCUGGGAAGGAAACUGCUGGAAAGAGCACAGUUACGAGGGUCUCCUUUUUUAGGAGCAACACCGAGAGUAACAGUAACACGGAUGGUAACAUAGACAGUAACCCGAACACCAUCAGUAACACGGACGGUAACCCCAACAGUAACACGGAUGGUAAUCCCAACACCAUCAGUAACACAGACGGUAACCCCAACACCAUCAGUAACACAGACGGUAACCCCAACACCAUCAGUAACACAGACGGUAACCCCAACACCAUCAGUAACACAGACGGUAACCCCAGCACCAUCAGUAACACAGACGGUAACCCCAGCACCAUCAGUAACACAGACGGUAACCCCAGCACCAUCAGUAACACAGACGGUAACCCCAACACCAUCAGUAACACAGACGGUAACCCCAACACCAUCAGUAACACAGACGGUAACCCCAACACCAUCAGUAACACAGACGGUAACCCCAACACCAUCAGUAACACAGACAGUAACCCCAGCACCAUCGGUAACACAGACGGUAACCCCAACACCAUCAGUAACACAGACGGUAACCCCAACACCAUCAGUAACACAGACGGUAACCCCAACACCAUCAGUAACACAGACGGUAACCCCAACACCAUCAGUAACACAGAUGGUAACCCCAGCACCAUCAGUAACACAGACAGUAACCCCAGCACCAUCGGUAACACAGACGGUAAUCCCAACACCAUCAGUAACACAGACGGUAACCCCAACACCAUCAGUAACAUUGUCGAUAACACCAACAUCAACACAGACGGUAACCCCAACACCAUCAGUAACACAGACAGUAACCCCAGCACCAUCGGUAACACAGACGGUAAUCCCAACACCAUCAGUAACACAGACGGUAACCCCAGCACCAUCAGUAACACAGACGGUAACCCCAACACCAUCAGUAACACAGACGGUAACCCCAACACCAUCAGUAACACAGACGGUAACCCGAACACCAUCAGUAACACAGACGGUAACCCCAAAACCAUCAGUAACACAGACGGUAACCCCAGCACCAUCAGUAACAUUGUCGAUAACACCAACAUCAACACGGACGGUAACAGUAACACCAACACCAACAGUGAACCAUCCUCUGAAGAUCAUUAUGCCAUGGAAAACUGA